AUGUGGCUCAACGUCUCAGCGUUUCUCGCACUUGCGGUCUACUCUACUGGUUCGAGCGCAGGACCAACUCCCUUCGAUGCAUCAUCCCCUGUCGUCGAUCUCGGCUAUGCUCAGUACCAGGGCAUAUACAACACAACCUCGAACACCACGAACUUUCUAAGCGUUCGCUAUGGCGCACCUCCAGUCGGUGAUCUCCGCUUCGCAGCGCCUCAGCCGCCGUCGUACGAGCCCGGUAUCCAAAUGUCAACAUCCUAUCCGAGCAUGUGCUACCAGGCAAACCAGGGCUAUAACACAACUUCGCCCGUACCACCGUACGGCUUGAGCGGCCCGAGCAAGCGGGAUACAUCGACGAUGCCUGAUCAAUCCGAAGACUGUCUCUUCCUGAGCGUAUACACCCCCGGGCAGCUUACGGACACGACGGAAUCGAAUGGCCUGCCUGUUAUCGUCUGGAUACAUGGCGGAGGAUACGUCUUUGGAUCCUCGUGGAAUUACGAUGGCGCAGACAUCGUACAACAUGCAGACUACGGUGCCGUCGUCGUAGUGCUCCAGUAUCGUCUCGCAAUGUUUGGGUUCUUGGCUGGUAACGAAGUCAAGGCAGGCGGUGCACUGAAUGCUGGUAUACUGGAUCAGAAUUUGGUCCUCCAAUGGAUCCAAGAGCACAUCUCUAAAUUCAACGGAGAUCCGUCACAAGUUACAAUCUGGGGCGAGUCCGCAGGCGCUGGCUCUGUCAUGCAGCACAUCGUCGCAAACGGAGGCAACACCCAGCCUCCGCUGUUCAAGAACGGGAUGACGAGCUCGACGUUUAUGCCGUCGCAGUAUAUCUAUAAUGACCGUAUCCCCCAGUUGUAUUACAACAGAACCGUUGAGGAAGCCGGAUGCUCAUCAGCCUCAGACACACUCGCAUGUAUCCGCGCAGUCAACUCUUCCACUAUGGGCGAUAUCAAUGCCUACCUCACAAGCACGGCGUUCUACCAGACGUACGUAUUCGUCCCCGUCGUGGACGGCGAGUUUAUUUUGGAGCGGUGGACCGAGACGCUUGCGAAGGGCCAAGUUAAUGGUGACUUUGUGCUCGCGAUGGGCAACGCGCACGAAGGGAACAUAUUCGUUAACCCCAACGAGACGCUUGAUAUAGUCGACUUUGUCGCCAACGUGUUCCCGAACCUCGACUCGGCUGGCGUUCAGGAAGCUGCGUACCUAUACAGGGACUUUGGAGACUCGUUGGAUCAGGCGAUCCAAGUCAUGGGCGAAACCAUCUUGGUGUGCCCGACGUACUUCCUCUUGGACGCGUUCCAAGGGCGUUCAUGGAAAGGCCUCUUCGCCGUCCCUCCGGCUCUUCACGGCUACGAUACUGGCUACUACUUCAACACCACUCCGCCCGCAUACGACAAUGACGUUUUCAUAACCUCCUUCUCCGAUGCAUUCAUGUCACUCGCUAUGUACGACGACGUGAACGCAAAAUACGACCCGACAGACAUCACGCCAUACUGGAACUCGUACAACGUCGGGCAGUCGGAGAUGGUGUUCAACGAGACGGAGGCGGGAGCGCCGAGCGUGACGAAGACGACCACGGAUCCGACACUGCUUGAGCGAUGCGCGUUUUGGAAAAGUGUGGGUGAGAUGACUGGACAGUAA